AUGGCUUCGUCUACGGAUGCCUCGCAGCUGCCCUCCGCAGCUGUGCGCCAGUCAAACUUCGAACAAGCCGUAGCAUACUCCCUGCACCUCUGGCCGUCUCUGACGCUGGCCGUGCAAAACAACUGGGGUGGCCCUGAUUCAGAAGAUAAGCGAGACUGGUUUGCCGGAGCCGUUGUCGACUUGUUUCCCGAAUUUAGCGAUGCGCCGCAGAGCAAGACCGCCGAGGAGCCAGACUUGGAGGACGUUGAAACCGUCUUGCUGCAAGUCAUGAUUGACGAGUUUGAGGUCAAUGUCGACGACGAUUCAGGCACAGAGGUUGCUGGCAAUAUUAUCCGAGCACGAGCCGAGUGUGCUAUUGGUCAGUUCGACGAAGUACACAAGUUGAGCCAGCGGUUUCAGAAUCUCAAGGGCAAGAAGGUGGAUCAGUUGUUCAAGAAGGCCGAAGAUGCUGACCAGGAUACUGACUGGGAGUCUGACGACGAUGAGGACGAAGAUGACGAGGGAGAUGUUGACAUGAAUGAUGCACCGGCCGUACCGAAGGAGAAGCCUGCCCCUGAAGUUGACGAGGACGGAUUCACAAAAGUCACGCACAAAAAGAGGUAG